GAGUAGGGUAUGCAGAGGCGGUUGUCUUUGAGAAGCUCAGCGGCUGUGUACACACAGCACAGUAGGUGCACAAGCCGUAAGGUUCUUAACUGAAACUAAGCAAAACUGAGCAAAGUGUGGUGUGGUGCUCAGGGCUUCCUGUAGCCUCCCUCCCGCCUCCCUAUGGCUGAAGGGUUCACACGGGAGUCAGCUUGCUGUUGCCCACAGGCUCUCUUGCCGUGUGGUAACUACCAGUUAUGAACACCUACUGUAUGCCCAGUGGCAGGUUCCAAAGGGAAAGCUUCUAUCGGGUUUGGGGGUUCAGAGCAGCACCCCUAUCAGUGCCUGACAAGAAGGAAGGUUAGGGAGCAGGAACAUUUUCUGAGAGGGACGAGAAAGCUUUACAAAUAGAGGAAACUGUCCAAACUGAGGACCCUUAAAAGUGGAGGACCUCUAAGGCCAAAAGCAGAUCGGGGUAUCUUGUUUACCCUGUGGUAUGGGCUGAUCCAGGACUUUGUCCCAUCAGGCCACUAUACACAGUGAAUGAGAAAUUUUGGGGACCGAUCCAAGGACAUUAGUCUCUGGUGGCCCCAGGUAGCCCAGGUUUCCCAGUCAUGGUCUAGCAGGCCUGAGGGAUGGCCACGGGAUGGUAUGGAGUAAGAAAUCUCCAAGGAGCAAUCUCUGGUUACUGGCCUGCACAGGUUCCUAAGGCUUGUCCCCCGCCUGUCUCUUCAAGGCACAGAGCCUUCUUUUCCCUUUAAGAGAGCAAAGGUUGUUUAUGCCCAGGGCGGAGGUGGCAGGAGCGGCUUACCUGCUUCCCGCCACCCGUCGCCGCAGCGGGGCAGGGUGCGGGAAGAAGGAUCCCGCACUCAACCGGCGUACUGCAGAGAGACAGACCGACUGACACUCGCCAGGCGACCAGCCGGGGGUCUUUGGGGCCCGGAAGCCGCGAGAAAGCGAGACUCCAAACUUGGAGAGAGGAGUGACCUGGGGGCCGGGGGCGGAGUCGUGAGCGGGGGAGGAGAGCGCCAGCGCCAGCGCCAGCGCCAGCCAGAGGAGCGCGGCGGCCCAGGAAGCCAGAGCGCCGCCCACCCAUCCGGGGCGAAGCGCGCGGAGAAGCAGGCUGGGCCGGGGGUUGCCAGCCUCGACCCCCCCACGGUGACCCCUCGGCCCCCAGUCCGGACCCAAGAUGAUGAAGAGGCAGCUGCACCGCAUGCGGCAGCUGGCCCACACGGGCAGCUUGGGACGCACCCCAGAGACUGCCGAGUUCUUGGGUGAGGACCUGCUGCAGGUGGAGCAGCGCCUGGAACCUGCUAAGCGAGCAGCCCACAAUGUUCACAAACGGCUGCAGGCCUGUCUACAGGGCCAAAGCGGGGCUGACAUGGACAAGCGGGUGAAGAAGCUUCCUCUCAUGGCUCUUUCCACCACGAUGGCGGAAAGCUUCAAAGAACUGGACCCUGAUUCUAGCAUGGGGAAGGCCUUAGAGAUGAGCUGCGCCAUCCAGAACCAGCUGGCCCGAAUCUUGGCUGAGUUCGAGAUGACCCUGGAGAGAGAUGUCCUGCAGCCGCUCAACAGGCUGAGCGAGGAGGAGCUGCCUGCCAUCCUCAAACAUAAGAAAAGCCUGCAGAAGCUGGUGUCCGACUGGAACACCCUCAAGAGCAGGCUCAGCCAGGCAGCCAAGAACUCAGGGAGCAGCCAAGGCCUGGGUGGCGGCCCAAGCAGUCACAGCCACACCGCCACUGCCAACAAGGUGGAGACACUGAAGGAAGAAGAGGAAGAGCUAAAGAGAAAGGUGGAGCAGUGCAAGGAUGAGUACUUGGCCGACCUGUACCACUUUGCCACCAAGGAGGACUCAUACGCCAACUACUUCAUUCAUCUCCUGGAAAUUCAGGCUGAUUACCAUCGGAGGUCGCUGACCUCACUGGACACGGCCCUAGCAGAGCUGAGGGACAACCACAGCCAAUCAGAUCUCUCCCCUUUGAUGACGGCUACCCCCAUCUCCAGAGUAUAUGGGGUAUCCCUGAGAACCCACCUGCAAGAGCUGGGUCGUGACAUUGCCCUGCCCAUUGAGGCCUGCGUUCUAAUGCUGCUAUCAGAGGGCAUGCAGGAGGAGGGCCUCUUCCGUCUGGCUGCUGGGGCCUCUGUGCUGAAGCGCCUCAAGCAAACAAUGGCUUCAGAUCCCCACAGCCUAGAGGAGUUCUGCUCGGACCCCCAUGCUGUGGCAGGUGCUCUCAAGUCCUAUCUCCGGGAGCUGCCAGAGCCCCUGAUGACCUCUGACCUCUAUGAUGACUGGAUGAGAGCAGCCAGCCUGAAGGAGCCUGGGGCUCGCCUGGAGGCCCUUCAUGGUGUUUGCAGCCGCCUGCCCCAAGAGAACUUCAACAACCUCAGGUACCUGAUGAAGUUUCUGGCACUGCUGGCUGAAGAGCAAGAAGUGAACAAGAUGACACCCAGCAACAUCGCCAUUGUCUUGGGGCCCAACCUGCUGUGGCCUCCUGAGAAAGAAGGGGACCAGGCCCAGCUAGAUGCAGCCUCUGUGUCCUCAAUUCAGGUGGUGGGUGUGGUCGAGGCGCUGAUCCAGAGUACAGACACCCUCUUCCCUGGAGAUAUCAACUUCAGUGUAUCAGGCAUCUUCUCAGCCCUGGCCCCCCAGGAAAAGGUCAGUAGCCAACGGACCUCUGAGGAAUUGCCACCUGCUGUACCUGUGCCAGCUGCCACCCCAGGUCCAGCCUCGAUGCCCGUGAAAGAAAGGACAGAGUCUGAAUUGCCCAAGCCAGCUUCCCCCAAGGUCAGCAGGAGCACCACAGAAACGGCUGCUUCAGCAGAGGACAUGACUCGGAGGACCAAGCGCCCGGCACCAGCGCGACCUACCAUGCCACCUCCCCAACCCUCCAGUGCACGCUCAUCUCCUCCAGCUCCAUCCCUGCCCCCUGGCUCUGGCAGCCCUGGCACUCCCCAAGCUCUGCCACGCCGUCUGGUGGGCACCAGCCUCCGGGCCCCCACCGUGCCUCCCCCAUUACCCCCUGUUCCUCCACAGCCUGCCCGGCGCCAGAGCCGGCGUUUACCAGGCUCCCCCAGCCCAGCUUCCCCUGGCCUGGUCAUUUCAAACAUGCCUGCUCAGGUGGACCAGGGAGGGGCUACAGAGGACAGGGAAGGCCCUGAGACUGUAGGUGGGCAUCCCACUCCCCCAGUUCUGCCACCCCAGCCCCGGCCCAGGGGCCUCACCUCAGAGACAGAUUGAGCAGGCCUUCCUGCCUGAGAUAUCCUCAGUGUACCCUCCUUCCCCCUCUCUCUCCCUCUCCCUGCCUCCCUUGUCCUCCCAGGACAGCCCUUGCCCCGUGCCUGGGUGCCUGCUGGGUCGGCCCCCAUGGCUAAGAGGGCUCAGGUCAGCCCUCUACUUUCUGACCUUUUCCUCUUCCACUUUGAGCUUGGGGGCUCCCACCUGACUCCCCACUCUCUGGCAGGGGUCUCAAGGGAGCUACCAAAAGGAAGGACGGACCUGCCCAUUCCCUACACAACUUUUAUUUUUCUCUUGCCAAUGUAUUUUUGUAAGGCUCGUAAAUAAAUUAUUUUUAACGAAACUGGA